AUGUCCACCGAAGACGUCCCCAUUGAAGUGUCCAAAGUUUUCGACACCAUUUUGGUGCUCGACUUUGGCUCUCAGUACUCCCACUUGAUCACCAGAAGAUUGAGAGAGUUCAACGUUUACGCUGAAAUGUUGCCUUGCACCCAGAAAAUCUCCGAAUUGUCUUGGACGCCUAAGGGUAUUAUUUUGUCUGGCGGUCCAUACUCUGUCUACGCCGACGAUGCUCCUCACGUCGACCACGACAUUUUCAAGUUGAACGUUCCUAUUUUGGGCAUUUGUUACGGAAUGCAAGAGUUGGCUUGGAUCAACGGAAAGGGUGUUGGCCGUGGUGACAAGAGAGAGUACGGCCCGGCCACUUUGAACGUCGAGGACAAGGACUGUCCUCUUUUCAAGGGUGUCGACCACUCUCAGGUUUGGAUGUCUCACGGAGACAAGUUGCACGCUUUGCCUACCGGCUUCAAGACCGUUGCCACUUCGGACAACUCUCCAUUCUGUGCUAUUGCCCACGAGAAGGAGCACAUCUACGGUAUCCAGUUCCACCCAGAGGUGACCCACUCUGUGAACGGAAAGGUUUUGUUGAAAAACUUUGCUGUGGACAUUUGUCAGGCCAACACCAACUGGUCGAUGGAGAACUUCAUCGACACCGAGAUUGCGCGUAUCAGAAAGUUGGUUGGUCCUACCGCUGAAGUUAUUGGUGCCGUUUCUGGCGGUGUCGACUCUACUGUCGGAGCCAAGAUCAUGCAAGAGGCCAUUGGAAACCGUUUCCACGCCAUCUACGUCGACAACGGUGUCAUGAGAUUGAACGAGACCGAGCAAGUGUACAAGACUUUGACUGAAGGUUUGGGCAUCAACUUGACUGUUGUCGAUGCCUCCGACUUGUUUUUGGGUAGAUUGAAAGGUGUCACCGACCCAGAGAAGAAGAGAAAGAUCAUUGGUAACACUUUUAUCCACGUUUUCGAAGACGAGGCUGCCAAGAUCAAGCCUGCUUCUGGCCAAGAAAUCGAGUACUUGUUGCAAGGUACUUUGUACCCUGACGUGAUCGAGUCCAUCUCUUUCAAGGGCCCAUCGCAGACCAUCAAGACUCACCACAACGUUGGUGGAUUGUUGGACAACAUGAAGUUGAAGUUGAUUGAGCCUUUGAGAGAGUUGUUCAAGGACGAGGUUCGUCACUUGGGUGAGCUUUUGGGUGUUCCUCACGACUUGGUCUGGAGACACCCAUUCCCAGGUCCAGGUUUGGCCAUCAGAGUUUUGGGUGAAGUGACCAAGGAGCAAGUUAAGAUUGCCAGAGAGGCCGACGCCAUUUUCAUUGAGGAAAUCAAGAAGGCCGGUUUGUACAAGGAAAUCUCCCAGGCUUUCGCUGCUUUGUUGCCUGUUAAGUCUGUCGGUGUUAUGGGUGACCAAAGAACUUACGAGCAAGUGAUUGCUUUGCGUGCCAUUGAAACUGUGGACUUCAUGACUGCAGACUGGUAUGUUUUCGAGGCUUCUUUCUUGAAGAGAGUUGCUUCGAGAAUUGUUAAUGAGGUGGAUGGUGUUGCACGUGUCACCUACGACAUUACAUCUAAGCCUCCAGCCACUGUUGAGUGGGAAUAG